AUGAAUUUAAAAUGGUUACAUAAUAUAUCACUUUUUAACGAUAAUAAACUAAAUUCCAAAAAAAAAUUUGUAAGGAGCCGAAAAAGGUUUAGAACCAUAACAUGGAAAUACACAAAAACGAUUGGACCUUUAGCUUCUUUUAUAUACUUGUUUAAUCAGAUCAUCGGAUCAGGUUUAUUUGACAUCCCAAGUUUAAUAGAUGAAGUAGGAUGGAUUCCAGUAAUUUUUGGAAAUACGUUUGUAUGCUCAGUUGCUGUUUUUUGCAGUUUAAUGAUUUUAAGAGCUAUGACAAUGAUACCAAAAAACAAAAAUUUUGAGCAAAGAAUUGAAUAUAGUGCAGUUAUAAAAUAUUUUAUGUCCAACGAAAAAUAUAAAUUUGUUUCCUUUUUAUAUCAUUUAGGAAAUAUAUGUAAUAAUAUAUGUGGGAUUCUUGUUAUAUCAAAAAUAAUUGAUAUAUUCAUUAUUAAAUUAUUUGGUUUUACUAUAUUAUUUCAAGUGUAUCCUCAAUUAAAAAUAACAAAAUGCUCUUUAAGUCUCUUGGAUGCUAUGUUCAAUGGCUUUUACUAUACAAGUACAGGACAUUAUGAAACAAUAAUAAUAGGUGGUUUUACUAUAGGUUAUAUUAUUAAUGCAAUUAUAUGUAUACAUCUAUCUUCUAAAGGUCUAGAAGAAACAAUAAAUUAUCAAUAUGUUGUUUUCAUGAUAUUUAUGAGUUCUUUUCUUUAUUUAUCUAUUUCGUCAACAAUAUAUUUGCUUUCGGAAAAUUACAUUGAUAACGCUGCUCCAGAUAAUAACGUGGAUAUAAACAAUAAUUUAAUAUUGAAUAGAGCUUAUUUUGAAAAAGAUUUAAUAAAAAAUUAUUACAGAUAUAAUGAAGUAAAUAAUUUUAAAGAGGAGAUAAAACCAUGUAAAGACACAUUUUUUCCUGAAUGUUCAAUUUCAAUGUCACCAAUAUAUGAAAAAAUACCUUUUUCAAAACAUUGCACAAAAAAUAAACACAUUAUAAAGAACAAUAAUGUUUUAAAUAAAUAUAUUAAAAGAAGAGAAAGAAAUAACCUAUUAUAUUACAAAAAAGGAAUAUUUUGUUGUUCUCUUUUUUCUUUAAAUCCUUUAUAUCAAAAAAAGGUAUAUGUAUUUCGAAACAGUAUUUUUUAUAUCACUUUUUCUAGUUGUUCUAAGGAUUUAAAAAUAAAAAAUACUAACAGUAAUCAGUAUUUUUAUUCUAUAUACAAAAUCUAUCAUGAGAGGAACAGCAGAAACAAUAACAUUGAAAACUUUAAAACCAUGACACAACUGCAUAAAAAGAAGGAAGAUAAUUUUAAAAAGCAAAGAACAAAAAAAAAAAGUAGCCCGUUUUUUAAGAACAGUUUGGAUGAUAAUGUUGACGAUGAUGAUGGAGGUGGUGUUGACAGUCAUAAUGACCGUGAGCACGACGAUAAACAACAUCAAAGAGAGCAAAAAUUCGCGCGAAUAGAAAAAAAGGACGAAAAGGACAGCAAAAGAAAUGAUACAAAUAACAAUAGGAAAAAUGGAAAACAAAAUAAAAUGUUUUUUAAAAAUUUAUACUAUAUGAUUAGCAAAAUAGAGGGAAUAAAAUCGUACUGUAUGGGGAAAACCUUUGCUAAUUUUAUUGAUUCCUAUGGGUUUGUGGGUAAUAUACCUUCUUGGGGAAAUGAAAUUACGGAUGACGUUAAUGUUUCGAAAGCUAUAUGGUUUGCUGUCAUUUUUAGUAGUAUUUUUUAUUUUAUAUUUGGUCUAAUAUUUUGUUUGAAUAAUUCUUUUCAAAAUAUUAAUACAUCUAUUUUGCAUAUUUUUAACCUGGUUGCUGUAGCACCCAAAGUUAUUACGGGUUCUAUAUCUAUGCGUUAUGAUUUAAUGAAUUUAGAUAUAUGUUCUGAUAAUGCAGCUUUUUUUUUUGGAUGUGUAGCACCCUUUUUGUUUGCUUGGAUAUUUUCGAAUGGAAUUCUUUUUUCAAAUGUAUUUAAUUAUAUAAGUCUAAUUUGUGGUCUUUUUUGUAAUUUCUUAUCACCUGCGUUUGCAUAUAUUUCAGCCUGUGAAAGUAACGAAUCUUUUUACAAAAACCCGCUAAGAAAAUACACAAUUGUUAACAGAAAAAAAACGGUAUUUUCCUCGAGCUCCGAUAUUCGAAGGGCACUGGGCAAUAUAAUAGACAAUUUCGAUGAUAACGAUGAAUAUUAUCAAGAGGAGGAUGUCCAUAGCGAGAAAAAGGAAGAUGUAGUGGAAGAGGACAACCAAGCGGAUGAAAUAAAGGGAAGUAUAGAAUACAAUAAACCACUAUCAUUAAAUGAAUCAUUAAAUUCUGCAUCUAAUAGAAGUAGAUGUGUCAAUUUUAUAGAUGGGGAGCAUAGUCCUAAAAGCUACCCUAAAGAAGUCAACGAGUUCGAUAACCUUUCAAAUAAAAUAUCGCAAAAUUUAAAAUCAUUAAAUCUCGAGGAUACCAUUUCACCUUCAAAAAAAAGAGAUAUUAAUGUAAAUGACGAAAAUAUAAGAGGAACCGAUAUUGCAAAUACUUGUCAUGAAAAAAAAGGGAAGAAAAAGAAGGGAGUAAUGUUUGCAAAUGAAGUAAAUGAAUAUUAUGAACAAACUAAUAUUGAAAUGAAGAACGUACUAAGUUCAUAUGAUACUACGCAGAAUGUUACUGAUACAAACGACGCGCACAAGUAUUACAUUGACACAAAAGACACUCACACAAAUGAUGCACACACGAAUGCAAAUGUUUCAAAUAACAAGGAUAAAUGUAAGGGGAAAAAGAAGGUUGCUUUUUCUAAAGAAUCGCAUACAACGAAUGAUGAUGAUAAUAAUCUUACGAGCGAAAUAUAUUCCUCCGAAUUUCUAAAAUAUAAAAGAAAUUCUAGAAACAUUAAAGAAAGAAAAAAUACAAAAAAAAAGUUAAUGUUUGUAGAUGAAGUUGAAAUGUAUGGGGAUGAAGACACAGAUAAAGAAUAUAAAAAAAAAAACCAAAAAAAGGGAGUUACAUUUUUUUAUGAUUUAAAAAAUGAUAAUGAUUAUUACAACGAUCUUCAAAAAAAAGAAAAUGUGAAAAGUAAGGAAGUAAUGUUUAAAGCAGAGGUAAAAAAUCAAAUUGUAGAGAAUGCAAAAAAUAAGAGAAACGGGGGAAAAAAAGUAAAGUUUUCAAACGAAUCGCCAAAUUCUAAUGAAGAAAAUGAUGUAAGAGAAAAUCGUGAAUCGAAUAUAACUGAAAACUAUGAAAAAUGUUAUUAUUUAAAUGAAGAACAAAAAGGAAAUUCUCAUUUUACGAAUGGCACAGCAAAAUGUACUGAGAGUGCAACAGAAAAGUGCUAUAUCAAAAAGGAUAAUAGACACCAUUUAUUAGCUGAAAAUAAAAAAAACAUAGAGUCCAUAGCAUUAGACAAUGAAAAAUUCGUUCUACAAUAUAGUAAUAAGAAUGAUAUUAAUGUGAUGAAAUAUAAAGCAUUAACAGAAAACGAAAAAAUUAGAAGUGAAAAUAUAUGCACAAAUUCAUGCUAUGAUAUGAGCAUUGUACAUGGCCAGCCAAAUGAUGAUCAAAAUUGUGUACACGAGACAUUUACGAAUUAUAAGAUAAAGAUAAUAAGCAACAAUAGCUGCAUGAAGGCUUAUUAUAGGAAAAAUGCUGAGAAUGAUGAACACUGCAAACACUUCGAAAACGGAACAGCCGAAGCUAAUUCUGAAAGUAAGAGCAAUAUCAACGAAUAUAACAUAAACCUUAAAGAAAAAGAAGAUAGGAAUAACUCCAACCUUGUUCAUGUUCAUUUUGAACAGGAUAAACAAAAAGAAAGCUCCUUUCUUGGAAAUAAUAUGGAUAAUCCUAAAAACGUCUUAAGUAUGAAUAAAGCAUUUGACAACUUUGCACUGUUCGAGAGAAAUUAUAGUGACUCAGAUAUGUACAAUAAUAAUGUGCAGAAUGAAAUUAAAAACUUAGAACAUAUAGAAAACGAUAUUAUAACAGAAAACAGGAAUUUUGAUCAAAAUGAAAAAGUCUUUAAACGCCAAAGAGAAAAACUAAAACAUCGUUAUAGAUGCAACAUGACAAAUGUACAAGAAAAUUUAUAUAAUUUAGACAAUUUAGUACAGCAUAUAGAAUCUUUGAAUCUUAAGGACAAAAAUACGAGCAUCCCUUUUGAUAACAUUACAUUAAAAAAAGAUGAUAUAAAUGAUGAAAUAAAUCUUCAUAAAUGUAACACUUUAAAUGAAGCAAGUAGUAGCGUAUCGGAUGAAAGUAAACCGAGUGGUAAAACACUUACUGAAGAAACGUUAACAAAUUAUGGAAAUGUAUCUAUUAAUAAAAAGGUUUAUUUCUAUUCACAAAAAAAUACAGAGGCUAAUAUAACCGAAUUUGAUACAUCUGUUUAUGCUUCCGCCAAUAUUAUUGCACAUGAUACCCCCCCCGUUCAUAGGUCAGCGAAUACUACUGAAAAUAAUACUUCAGCUUAUGAUUUCCCUUUAAGAAAACUAUAUUCAAAAAAUGAUCAAAUUAUAAAUUCCUCAACUGAAAAAGAUAGUUUAGAACAUGUGAUGAUGGAAGAAAACUUCAUUAGUAAUAAUUUAAAUGAAGAAAACUUAAAAAAUUACAACACUUCAAUGAACAUGAAAGAAUUAAAUGACGAAAAAGUUUUAAAAAAAAGAAGCCCGCAAAUAGGAAUGCAGACAUAUCAAAGAGGAGAAUAUAAUAUUAUUACAAAAUCGGAAGAACAAAUUGGUUUUAAUAAAAUUCAAUCUGAAUGUUAUAAUGACACAGACGUAAAAACGCAAAAUUAUACAAAGGAUACGUUCAUAAAUAAUAGUACCAAUAAAACUGAAUUUAAUGUUUUGUUCAACAAGUCAGAGAUGGGUAAUGAAAAAGAGAAACGCGGCAAUAUAAAUAUACUUUCUGCAUCGGAACAGAACUCAUCAAAUGGGUUCAAAAAAAGUGAAAAAAAUACCUUAUGUUAUUCUAGUGAAAAUUUAGUGGGUAAAAAUGAUAGUAACCAAGAAGAUAUUUUAUAUCCAAGAAAUUAUAACGAACAAAAAGGUUUAUCCGUAGAUAUUACAUUGUUACCUCAGGAUAAUAGUAUAAUAAAAAUGAAUAUGAAAAGUUCAAGCUUAAACGAUUCAAUUAGGGACAACAAUAAUAAUGGCAAAAACAAUAACAAUAUUGAUGAUAGUAAAAGGAAAACAUUAUUUGUUAGACAAAGAAAAAAAUUAAAAUCCUCUUUUCAUGCAAAUGGAGGUAUGAUAAUAGGGGAUCACAAAGAAGCAAUACACAAAGAACAAAUUAAUGAGUUGCGAAAACAAAUAAGUAAGGAAUCUAAUAUAUUUGAUUAUUAUAAUAAUGAGAAAUGCACGGGUAUUGUAAAACAGGAGGAAUGCCAACAAAAUAGUGGAGAAAAUAUAGAUCAGAAUAAGACAAACAAGGAAAACACAAAUGUUCAAGAUAAUGCGAAACAAGAAAUGCCUAUAGUAAACAUAAUGAAAUCCUACAAAAUGUCAUCCAUAACUCCAAACUUAAAUGUUCCAUUAGAUAAUAAUGGGGGGAGAUCUAAGUCAAAGGGGAGGGUAGGAGAAACAAGACAUAAAACGCAGUACGUGUUUAGAGAUAUAUCAAAACUGUUAAGUGAUAUAGAUGAACAUAAAUUAGAACCAAUAGAGAAUGAAAAUAUAGAUAACAACGUAACAAAUGAAAACAAGGAGAAUUAUAUUGUGAAGCAAAAUAAUAACACAAAUUAUGAUUCCAAUAAAAUAGUGAAUCUAAAUGAAGAAGGAAACGAAAAUAAGGAAAAAUUUCCAUCUGAAGAUAUUGAAAAAUCAGAUAUUAUAAAAACAAUUGAAAAAAUAUACACAGAAUUAGCAAAUAAAAUGCAUUCUGAGAAUUCCGAAAUUUCUACGUAUGAUGAUAAUGAUGACACUGAUUAUGUUGAUAUACGUUAUUUUAAAAUUAUAGAUAAUAAUAAUCCUGUUAAACAUUAUUACAAUACUUUUCAUCGAAGUAAAAUCUUAGAAAGAAAAAAAUAUGAUCAUAUCUAUUCAAAUAAUAUUAUGAUAGAUAACAAAACAAAUAUGGACCAUUUAUGUUCCAUAUUUUUGUUUGGAAAUCCUUUAGAAAGAAAUGAAGAAUAUGAAAAUAAAAAAAAAAUAAACACACAUGAUGAAGCCCAACCUGCAUCUAAUGAUUUUCAAAACGCAGCAACUGGUCGACAAGAUAGUUAUGAUGCCACUACUACUUUUUCGACUACUAUUAAUUGUGAAAAUACAAGAAAUACAUCUAAUUCAGGUGUGUGUGAACAUAAGGAAUACGCUAAGAGUUUCCCCUCAGGAAUCCUACAGAAUGAUAGUGAAAUACUUAAGAAAAACAUAAUUGAAAAUAAAAAUUGUUUAAACAGUACCAAAAGUAUCCUUUCUUUAAGAAAACGAAAUGUAAAUUUUAGUAUACAUAACGAAGAUAUGAAUUCUCAGGAAUUAAAUGACAUACUUCAAAGUAAUGCUGUUGGAGAUUUAAAGAAAAACAGUUCUGAUAAAAUAGAAGUAAUGAAAAUUAGAAUAUAUGUAUACCCAUCCUUUCUUCAAAAAUAUCAUGUAGAAACAACUUACGUGUUAUUGGGAUGUUUGACAGCUUUUUCAUUUUUAGGAAUGAUAACUGAUUUGUUAUUUGGUUAA